GGCGAGGAGUUGAUAUUGAUUACUAUAGUUAUCGAAUAUGCAGAAAUGCCCUUUGGGAGAAAAAGAGGAAAUGUUAUUGGAAAGAAGAUAGUAUAGAAAUAUUACCUCGUUCAUUACAUAUAUUCUAUGAAAUGUUAUUCUCCAAAUUAAUCGGAAUAGAUAGAGAUGGAGAUAUAAUUUUAACUCGUUUUUCUGAUAAAAAUAUGGAGAAUAGCCUGAUUGAUCUAAAUGAAUAUUACAAUUCAGAAUAUUCUGAAACAGAAUCUGAAUCUAGUGAUUCUGAGAUAGAGUCUGAAUUUAGUGAUUCUGAAGUAGAGAAUGUACCUCUCCCAGUUAUAAGUUGA